AUGACUGCCGCUUCGAAACCGACUAAAACGAAACGAAAUGACUUACAAGGAAUUCGUGGUUUUGCUAUUCUUUCAGUUCUUGGUUUUCAUUUUUAUCCGAAUUUAUUUCCAAAUGGAUAUCUAGGCGUUGAUCAAUUUUUCGUUCUAUCGGGUUUUCUGAUGUGUAUGCUGCUCACUAAAUCUCAAAAACUUCCAAUAUUUCAAAUCUUCUCUGAAUUCUACAUUCGUCGAUUCAAACGGAUACUUCCUCUCUAUUUCCUAUUCAUUCUAUGCACAAUGUUCGCUUUGUACACUGUUUUUCCGGAUACUGCAAUAUUUCAAAAUCAGGCAUCAGCUGGAAAAGCACUGUUAUUUGUAUCGAAUCGACCACAUACUGGAGAUGAGGAUUAUUUCGAGAAGCUCUCAAUUGCUAUGGAUCUUUUCACUCAUACCUGGUCUCUAUCUGUCGAAAUCCAAUUUUAUAUCUUUGUUCCACUUAUUUUCUUAAUCGGAGUACAAUUAAAAGGGUCCAUGAGAUACGGAUACUAUACAACGCUCGUUACUCUUUCCUUUAUGUUACACCUAUUCUCAUCUCCCAUCGUCUUUUUCAACAGUGUAUUCGCUAGAGUCUGGCAGUUUUUGAUAGGAAUGAUGACGUAUUUCAUUUCAAGAAGUCGAUUUGUCCAACAUGAGAAAAAUAUCAGAAGACCUGAAGAAUCGGAGAAAACUACAGAUGAAAAGGUUCGACUGAUGGAAGAAAAUCAAGAUUUGACAACUGAAGCAGUAAAUAAAACAGCUAAUUUAGUCACGAAGUGUAUCAUAUUGGCUCUGAUGAUUUCAGUAGUAUUGCUGCCGAAAGAACUUGAUUCUGUUUCAGCAAGAGCAUUCUUCACUUUUUUCACCGGAGUUUUGAUAGUGCUAUCAGUGGAAGAUGUGAUUCUAAAUUCUCGAGUUAUGAUUUAUCUCGGAGAUAUUUCGUAUUCACUCUAUCUGAUUCACUGGCCGGUUUAUGCGUAUGUCAAGCUGAUCUACAAGUCAAACUUCUGGAUUCUGACAGGAGCCCUUCUAGUCUCCAUAUUACUGGCAAUGAUAGUUUAUGAGUUUUUCGAGAAGUGGUACUUGAAACAGUCGAAUGCUGUAAUUACUGUUCUUGUUUUGGUGUUAUUUCUAUCAAAUGUUUUCUAUAUAAAUAAGGAUACAAUUCAGAAGAGUAUGGAGAAGAAAGAGGAAGUGUCAUUAACACCAGAAAGGAAGUAUCCCAGAUUGGAUGAAAUGAGAGAUAAUAUGACACUUGAUGAUGCUGAGAAAAUGAAUGCUUACUGGAAUCAACACGAUCAUAUGGGUCCGGAACUACAGGAACCGCAUAGUGUCCGACGACAUCCAGAUCAUAAGUGGUUUGAUUUCCAGGAAAACGGGACUGAGUUCAAAAUUCUUCUAACGGGAAGCAGUUAUGUCAAAAAUCAUCACAAACUGAUCAUCCAAGAGUGUAAACACCGUGCCACUAUUAUUUCAAUCGAUGAAGUGACUGGUUGCGAACCUCUUGCCGCUCCACACAGGAAAAUCGAUAAUGGGAAGUUUGAUGCCAGUUGGGCUGCUGGAUGUCCUGCGCAACUGAUAGAGUUUGUGGAAUUCGUGAAAACAACGCAGCCAGAUUACGCUUUCUUAUUGACAAGAUGGUUCGCAGUCGGUGAGCCAUAUGACACUAAUGAGAACGACUUGGAGCAUGAUUCGAUCUAUAUAGAGAUGAAGAGCCAAUUGAAAAAAAUUCUUCCGAAUAUCAAGAGGAAAUUGUUUAUUUUAGACUCGUUUCCUAGAACAAAUGUAGAUAAUAUCAAGAAUAUCGCGAGAGAGAUGAAGGAGGGAAAGAAGACGAUGGAGGAAAUUAACAAAUCUCUCUACAACCCGACAUCAUUCGAACGUGGACGCCGUCGUCAUGCAGAAUUAGUGAAGAAAGAGUGUGGAUCAAAAUGUGAAUUAAUCGAUUACGUGGAUGCAUUCUGGAACAAAACAAUGAAUGCAUUCCAGUAUUUCGAUAAUCAAGGAUUCUCUUAUUUCACUUCUGGUUCUCAUCUUUCUGCUCACGGACUGGAACACCUCUCAAUUGCUAUGGAUCUUUUCACUCAUACAUGGUCUCUAUCAGUCGAAAUUCAAUUUUAUAUCUUCGUUCCACUUAUUUUCUUAAUCGGAGUACAAUUCAAAGGGUCUUCCAGAUACGGAUACUACGCAAUGAUCGUUACUCUUUCCUUCAUGUUCUACUUAUUCUCAUCUCCCACCGUCUCUUUCAACAGUGUAUUCGCAAGAGUCUGGCAGUUUUUGAUAGGAAUGAUGACGUAUUUCAUCUCAAGAAGUCGAUUUGUCCAGCAUGAAAAAAGUAUCAGAAGACCUGAAGAAUCGGAAGAAAAUCAAGAAGACAAUGUUCGGCUGAUGGAAGAAAAUCCAGAAAUUACAGCUGAAAAAGUGGAUAAAACUGCUAAUUUAGUCACGAAGUGUAUUAUAUUAGCUCUGAUGAUUUCAGUAGUAUUGCUGCCGAAAGAACUUGAUCCUGUUUCAGCAAGAGCAUUUUUCACAUUUUUCACAGGAGUUUUAAUAGUGCUAUCAGUGGAAGAUGUGAUUCUGAAUUCUCGAGUUAUGAUCUACCUUGGAGAUAUUUCGUAUUCACUCUAUCUGAUUCACUGGCCGGUUUAUGCGUAUGUCAGACUGAUCUACAAAUCGAAUUUCUGGAUUCUGACCGGAGCACUUCUAGUCUCUAUUUUAUUGGCUGUGAUAGUUUAUGAGUUUUUCGAGAAGUGGUACUUGAAACAGUCGAAUGCUGUACUUACUGUUCUUAUUCUGGUGUUAUUUCUAUCAAAUGCUUUCUAUAUAAACAAGGACACAAUUCAGAAGAGUAUGGAGAAGAAAGAAGAAAUUCCAUUAACACCAGAAAGAAAGUAUCCCAGAUUGGAUGAAAUGAGAGAUAACAUGACACUAGACGAUGCUGAAAGAAUGAAUGCUAACUGGAAUCAACGCGAUCACAUGGCUCCGGAACUUCAGGAACCAAAUUGUGUGAAACGAAAUGCAGCGUAUGACUGGUGUGAAUUCGAAGGUAAUGGAACCGAAUUCAAAAUUCUUCUAACGGGAAGCAGUUAUGUCAUAAACCAUCACAAACUAAUUAUCCAGGAAUGCAGAGACCGUGCCAUUAGUAUUUCAAAGCAUUCAGAGAUUGGAUGUGAACCUCUUGCUUCUCCACAUAAAUCAGUGGAGAACGGUGGCUUUACGGCUUGGGCUAAUUAUUGUCCUGGAAUACUAGCAAAGUUCGUUGAUUCUGUGAAAGAAACCCAGCCGGAUUAUGUGUUCUUUUUAACGAGAUGGUUCGCCGUCGGUGAGCCAUAUGACACUAAUGAGAACGACUUGGAACAUGAUACGGUUUACCUAGAAAUGAAGAGCCAAUUGAGAAAAAUUUUGCCGAAUAUCAAGAGGAAAUUGUUUAUUUUAGACUCGUUUCCUAGAACAAAUGUAGAUAAUAUCAAGAAUAUCGCAAGAGAAAUGAAGGAGGGAAAGAAGACGAUGGAGGAAAUUAACAAAUAUCUCUACAACCCGACAUCAUUCGAACGUGGACGCCGUCGUCAUGCAGAAUUAGUGAAGAAAGAGUGUGGAUCAAAAUGUGAAUUAAUCGAUUAUGUGGAUGCAUUCUGGAACAAAACAAUGCAUGCAUUCCAGUAUUUCGAUAAUCAAGGAUUCUCGUAUUUCACUUCUGGGGGUCAUCUUUCUGCUCACGGACUGGAACACGUUCGGCCUAUUUAUAAGAAGAUAUGUGCGAGUUUAUAG